UUUCUUUCUUAUCCUGGGGGAACAACACUCAGCUAAAGUGACUGCCCCACUGUCACUGCCUCUCAGUUUGGUACUUUGGAACUUUGUGACUAUCAAGAAGUCUUUUUUGUCCCCCCCCACCCCAGGCUCUUUUUGGAAAAUUCCCUACAAGAACCGAAUUUUAAGCACAUUUACUUAAUAGGAAGCAUCAGCAAGGUGGCAUGGCUAAUGAAACACCAAUCACCCUAAAUAUGGACCCACAGGAUCUGCAGGUCCAAACAUUCACUGUGGAGAAACUGCUGGAACCUCUCAUAAUCCAGGUUACUACACUUGUAAAUUGUCCCCAGAAUCCAUCCAACAGGAAAAAAGGAUGUUCAAAAAGAGCCAAAGUCCUUCUAGCUUCUGUGGAGGAAGCAACAUGGAAUUUACUAGACAAGGGGGAGAAGAUUGCCCAGGAAGCUACAGUUUUAAAGGUGGAGCUUACUGCUGCGCUUGAGGAAGUUCGCAAAGAGAGUGAAUCUCUGAAAGUAUCAGCUGAGAGAUUUACAGAUGAUCCCUGUCAUCUCCCAAAAAGGGAGGCAGUGGUUCAAGCUGCCCGAGCUUUGUUGGCUGCAGUUACCAGACUCCUUAUCCUUGCAGACAUGAUCGAUGUCAUGUGUCUCUUGCAGCAUGUGUCAGCUUUCCAAAGGACAUUUGAAUCCCUUAAAAAUGUUUCCAACAAAUCCGACCUUCAGAAAACCUACCAGAAGCUUGGGAAAGAGCUGGAAAAUUUGGAUUAUUUAGCCUUCAAACGCCAGCAGGACUUAAAAUCUCCAGUUCAGAGGGAUGAAAUUGCAGGAGCCCGGGCCUCAUUGAAGGAGAACUCCCCCCUCUUGCAUUCAAUUUGUUCAGCUUGUUUGGAGCAUUCCGAUGUUGCUUCCCUCAAAGCCAGCAAGGACACAGUUUGCGGAGAAAUUCAGAAUGCCCUCAAUGUAAUUUCAAAUGCUUCCCAAGGCAUCCAGAGUGUGCCAGCCUCCCCAGAACCUCAGGCAGCAACCCUGGGAAGUGCCCUUGAUGAGCUGGAGAAUUUAAUUGUCCUGAAUCCGCUCACAGUGACUGAGGAGGAAAUAAGACCGUCACUAGAGAAACGCCUUGAAGCCAUUAUCAGUGGGGCUGCUCUGUUGGCAGACUCUUCAUGCACAAGGGACUUCCACAGGGAGCGGAUUAUUGCAGAAUGCAAUGCCAUUCGCCAGGCUCUUCAGGACCUGCUUUCAGAGUACAUGAACAAUACUGGAAAAAAGGAAAGGAGUAAUACCCUGAAUACGGCCAUAGACAACAUGUGCAAGAAGACCAGGGACCUUCGCAGGCAGCUCCGCAAGGCUAUUAUAGAUCAUGUGUCAGACUCUUUCUUGGAUACGACAGUCCCACUUUUGGUUCUCAUUGAAGCUGCUAAGAAUGGCCGGGAAAAAGAAAUAAAAGAAUAUGCUGCGAUAUUUCAUGAACACACCAGCAGGCUUGUCGAGGUGGCACAUCUUGCUUGUUCCAUGUCAGCAAAUGAAGAUGGAAUUAAAAUUGUCAAAGUUGCUGCCAAUCAACUAGAAACCUUGUGUCCGCAGAUUAUUAAUGCUGCACUUGCUUUGGCUGCAAGACCCAAAAGUCAAGUGGUCAGAAACACCAUGGAAAUGUACAGGCGCACCUGGGAGAGCCACAUCCACGUCCUCACGGAAGCAGUAGAUGACAUCACGAGCAUCGAUGACUUCCUGGCUGUGUCUGAAAGCCACAUCCUGGAAGAUGUCAACAAGUGCAUCAUAGCCUUAAGAGAUCAGGAUGCUGAUAAUCUGGACCGCGCCGCAGGUGCUAUCAGAGGCCGGGCAGCAAGAGUCGCUCACAUCGUCACAGGGGAAAUGGACAGUUACGAGCCAGGGGCUUACACUGAGGGUGUAAUGAAAAAUGUCAACUUCCUUACAAGUACUGUAAUUCCCGAAUUUGUAACCCAAGUGAACGUUGCCUUGGAAGCUCUCAGCAAGAACUCAUUGAAUGUGUUUGAUGAUAAUCAAUUUGUGGACAUCUCAAAGAAGAUCUAUGAUACAAUUCAUGAUAUCAGAUGUUCAGUCAUGAUGGUUCGGACCCCAGAGGAACUGGAGGAUGUUUCUGAUCUGGAAGAGGAUCAUGAGGUCCGUAGUCACACCAGCAUCCAGACCGAAGGGAAAACUGAUAGGGCUAAGAUGACUCAACUGCCCGAGGCAGAAAAAGAAAAGAUUGCUGAGCAAGUGGCUGAUUUCAAGAAAGUAAAAAGCAAGCUGGAUGCUGAGAUCGAGAUUUGGGAUGAUACCAGCAAUGAUAUCAUUGUUCUGGCCAAGAAAAUGUGUAUGAUCAUGAUGGAGAUGACAGACUUCACAAGGGGCAAAGGACCACUAAAACAUACAACUGAUGUGAUCUAUGCAGCUAAAUUGAUAUCAGAGUCAGGAUCAAGGAUGGACGUGCUCGCUCGGCAGAUUGCCGACCAGUGUCCAGAUGCAUCGUGCAAGCAGGACUUGUUGGCCUACCUGGAGCAGAUUAAGUUCUACUCUCAUCAGCUGAAAAUCUGCAGUCAAGUCAAAGCUGAGAUCCAGAACCUGGGGGGAGAGCUCAUCAUGUCUGCUUUGGACAGUGUCACUUCCCUGAUUCAAGCAGCCAAAAAUCUAAUGAAUGCCGUAGUGCAGACAGUGAAGAUGUCUUACAUCGCCUCAACCAAGAUCAUCCGGGUCCAGAGUCCUGCUGGGCCCCGGCACCCAGUGGUGAUGUGGAGAAUGAAAGCUCCUGAAAAAAAACCCUUGAUUAAAAGAGAAAAACCAGAGGAAACGUGUGCAGCUGUCCGACGGGGCUCGGCAAAGAAAAAAAUCCAUCCAGUGCAAGUCAUGAGUGAAUUUAGAGGAAGACAAAUCUCCUGAGACCACUAUUCUACUCCUGCUAACCACACUGCUUUAUUUACACUCGGUUACUCGUGUAAUUUCA